AUGACACUUCCUAGGAUUGCGAUCAUUGGCGGUGGACCAGGGGGUCUUAUGCUAGGUAGACUUUUACUGUUGAAAAAAAUACCCUUUACUAUUUUCGAGUUAGAAUCAGGCCCUACUAAGAGAAGUCAAGGAGGUUCAUUAGAUUUGCAUCCUGAAACAGGUCAAGUUGCUAUUGAAAAGGCUGGUUUGAUGAAUGAGUUUCAACUGAAAUCUCGGCCUGAAGGAGAUUGUAUGAAGCUAGUUUCUUGGGAUGGUAGAGUAUUAUUGGACGAGAAACAGCAGAAGUCAUUCGAAAAUUAUAGUCGUCCUGAAAUUGAUAGAAUUGCAUUAAGAGAUCUUAUGUUGAAGUCUUUGGAUCUGAAGCACAUUAUUUGGGGCAAGAAGCUACAAAAAGUGGAAGCUGUGGAUGAUAUAUACAAUUUGAAUUUCUCUGAUGGAACUGUUGAAGCCGGCUACGACAUAGUGGUAGGUGCUGAUGGUGCAUGGUCUAAAGUCAGACCCUUAGUAACAGAUAUAAAACCACAUUACUCUUCAGUAACACUUAUAGAACUAACUCGCAACAAUGUAAGGGCUGCAUCGCCUUGGCUUUCUGACUACGUGGGAGAGGGAUCUUGUUCUAUGUUUGAUGAAAACAGGGCCGUAAUGGCACAAAGAAAUGGUAAUGAUAGCGUUAAAGUAUAUGUAGGUUUGAGAAAGGAUGAAACAUGGUCUCAGAAUUGUGGCAUUGACUGGUCUGACAAAGAACAUGCAAGACAACGAUUGAUAGAGGUGUAUUUUAAUGAUUGCCAUGACGAUGUUAAAUCCAUGGUCCUAGAGAGUAAAGAUGAACUAAUAGUGCGUCCACUUUAUAUGUUACCUAUUGGUAUUACCUGGAUGCAUAGGAAAGGUAUUACGUUAAUUGGCGAUGCAGCACAUUUAAUGACACCGUUCGCUGGUGUUGGCGUUAAUUUGGCACUAUUUGAUGCUUGGAAACUUGCAGAAAGCAUAGAAAAGAGUGAUAAAAAUUAUUCUAAAGGCAUUGCCCAUUAUGAACAGCGUAUGUUUGAAAGAUCAAAAGAACAUGCCCAAGAAACAUGGAAUAACUUGGAAACAUUUUUAGGCCUUAACGGUGGCGAGAAAUGCCUUGAGUUUAUGACGCAGGGUCAUUAA